AUGCUGGCAAGAUAUUUAAAUUUAAUAGGACGGAGGAGUGCUUCACCGUACAGACCACAGCGGCUACCGGCAAAGUUUGACAACGUGAUAGUGGCAAUGUCAUCUGGGGUAGAUUCCUCUGUGGCGGCAGCACUAUUUGCCGGAGAAUUUCCAAAUACCCGAGGAGUAUAUAUGCAGAACUGGUCUGAAUCACAAUCUUUGGACGACCCUGGCAAGGAGCCAUGCUACGAGAGGGAUUGGAGAGAUGUGAACCGUGUCGCUAAGCAUUUGAACAUCCGAGUUGACAAAGUUAAUUUUGAGCAAGAUUAUUGGAUAGAUGUAUUUGAACCAAUGUUGAGAGGCUACAGUGAAGGGUCGACACCCAAUCCAGAUAUCGGUUGCAACAAGUUCGUCAAGUUCGGCAAGCUGAGAGAGUGGCUGGAUGAGAAGUAUGGGACGGGUAACUAUUGGCUUGUUACUGGUCAUUACGCCCGAGUUAUGCAGGAAAUGAAUGGAAAAGGAUUAUUCCAUUUACUGAGAAGCAUUUAUAGGCCCAAGGAUCAAAGCUAUUACCUUUCACAAAUCAACUCCACUGUUUUGUCAUCUUUGUUGCUACCCAUUGGCCAUCUAACGAAACCAGAAGUACGAGAUUUAGCGAAGUAUGCAGGCCUCCCGACUGCAGAAAAGCCUGAUUCACAGGGCAUAUGCUUCGUCAACAAUUCCCAGCAUGGGAAGUUCAAGAAUUUUUUAAAGCACUACCUACCCAGUUCACCGGGUGAUAUCAUUACCGUUGACCCACAAUCCGGUGCCAAAACGACAUGGGGCAGACACGAUGGAUUGUGGUCUUACACAAUUGGACAGAAAGUGGGCAUAUCCAUGCCACAAGCUGACCCUAAUUACCAAGGGACCUGGUUUGUCAGUGAAAAACUAAGGGAUACCAACGAAAUCUUGAUAGUCAGAGGAAGAGAUAAUCCGGCGCUAUACAGUGACACUAUGCGAAUCGAAAACUUUUCGUCUUUGGGCCCCAGGGAGGACACUAUAAACGCUUUCCAAAAUACUGGUGCCUUGACAUUACAAUUCCGGUCCCUGCAGGUCCCAGUCCAAAUUAAAUCGUGCAAACUGAAUCGCUCUGCCGACAACCUCGACAUAACAAUACACUUAGCCUCAAAACAACGUGCCAUAACUCCUGGGCAAUCGUGCUGUCUAUAUAUCGACGAUAGAGUCCUUGGGAGUGGGCCCAUUUCCCAUGUUAAUAAUAAUGACACCCAUGCAUAG